UGAGAAAGUGUGAACUGGCUAUUGCCUGGCAUCCUCUUUCUCUCUCCCUCCUUACUUUCUAUCUCUAUGUGUGCUAUAUAUCUAUGCAUUAUGACUUGUCACCGACAAAAGUUGUUUUUUUUUCAAUUUUUUAAAAGACGAGAUGAGAGUUGAAGUUUGAGAUAUUGAAGGCCAACCAACGUUUGUAAAUUGCACAAUGAUGUUUUGUUUUUCUUAUUAAUUUAGCUAAAACAAAAACCCUGCAAUACCCUUUUGCCCCCACAGUGAUAAAGUUGUGGAAUUUAAGCUUAAAAAUAAACAAUAACAAUAAAAAAGACCGUUCUUUCAAACUUGCUUCUUCUCUCACUCUCUCUGUCUUGGCUUCUUUCUUUCUUUCUAGUGAUUAUGUAAGAAAAAUAUUGAGAAUUUUUUUGUGAAAACUAAAAAGAAGAAAGCUUUGUGCUUUGAAUCUGUUGUUACAGAAGCUUGUAAAGUCUGAGAAAUGGCUUUAGCAGGGAGCUUAAUCCCAGCUCUUGUGGUCAUCAAUGCUUGCUUAUUUGUAAGCUUGUGUUUUGCUGCGGAUCCCACCGUUUUCCAUGACUUUGAGGUCUCUUACAUCACUGCUUCUCCUCUGGGUGUUCCUCAACAGGUCAUUGCCAUUAAUGGAAAAUUUCCUGGUCCUACCAUUAACGUGACUACAAACAAUAAUGUUGUUGUCAAUGUUCGGAACAAAUUGGAUGAGAGUCUUCUCAUAACAUGGGCUGGAAUUCAACAAAGAAGGAGUUCAUGGCAAGACGGAGUUUUGGGCACCAAUUGCCCAAUUCCCCCAAAGUGGAACUGGACAUAUAAUUUUCAGGUCAAAGACCAGAUUGGUAGUUUCUUCUACUUCCCCUCCCUCCAUUUUCAGAGAGCUUCUGGAGGUUUCGGCGGCUUUAUUAUUAACAACCGAGCUGUAAUUCCGAUUCCUUUUGACACCCCAGAUGGGGAUAUAACCAUUAUGAUUGGCGAUUGGUACACCAAAAACCACACGGCUUUGAGGCAGACCCUGGAUGCAGGGAAAGAUCUGGGAAUGCCAGAUGGAGUACUUAUUAAUGGAAAAGGCCCUUACAGAUACAAUGAUACACUCGUCGCAGACGGAAUUGAUUUUGAAACUAUUGAUGUUCACCCAGGAAGAACUUAUCGUGUUCGUGUCCACAAUGUUGGAAUCUCGACUAGUCUUAAUUUCAGGAUCCAAGGGCAUAAUCUGCUCUUAGCCGAGACAGAGGGUUCAUACACAGUGCAACAGAAUUAUACUAGCCUGGAUAUACAUGUUGGGCAAUCUUACUCAUUUUUGCUGACUACAGAUCAGAAUGCAAGUACGGAUUACUACAUAGUAGCAAGUGCUAGGUUUGUAAAUGAAUCUAUAUGGAAAAGAGUAACUGGAGUUGGCAUCUUGCGCUAUUCCAAUUCAAAAGGCAAGGCAAAGGGCCCCCUUCCAGAGGGACCAAAAGAUGAAUUUGACAAAACAUUUUCAAUGAAUCAAGCAAGAUCUAUCAGAUGGAACGUAACAGCCAGCGGUGCUCGCCCGAAUCCACAGGGAUCUUUUAGAUAUGGCUCUAUCAAUGUCACUGAAGUUUAUGUGUUGAAAAACAAGCCACCAGUGACAAUUAAUGGGAGACGACGAGCAACUCUGAACGGAAUAUCAUUCGUCAAUCCUACCACACCCAUCAGGCUUGCUGACUGGUACAAAGUGAAAGGAGACUAUAAGCUUGACUUUCCAACCAGGCCACUUACAGGAGCACCUAAGAUGGAAACAUCAAUCAUUAAUGGAACAUUUAGAGGGUUUAUGGAAAUCAUUCUACAAAACAAUGAGACCAAGAUGCAGACCUAUCACUUGGAUGGAUAUGCAUUUUUUGUUGUUGGGAUGGAUUAUGGCGAAUGGUCAGAGAAUAGCCGAGGCACAUACAACAAGUGGGAUGGAAUAGCCCGUACCACAGCACAGGUUUAUCCUGGAGCAUGGACAUCAAUUCUGGUGUCUCUAGACAAUGUUGGUAUCUGGAACCUACGAACUGAAAAUCUCGACUCGUGGUAUCUUGGUCAAGAAACAUAUAUCAAAGUUGUCAAUCCAGAACCUACUAACAAGACUGAGUUACCUAUACCAGACAAUGCCCUCUUCUGUGGCGCUCUCAAAAAAUUGCAGAAGUAUGUUCCCUUAUACUGUCAUGUUAAAAAAAUGAUCAAACUUUGUCACUCUCUUAACAAGGAGAAACUCACAUAUACUUUGUUACUCAUUUCAGGCCAGAAGACAUUUCUUUUGCAACAUCAAUCAUAGGCAACAAAUCAAACUUCUUCCUCACAUUGCUGAUGAUUUUAUCAUCCGCUGCGAUUCAUAUUUUCCACUAAAAGGAGUUUCGUUUAGAGUGUUCACUCCUGUAUGGUUUGUUUUAUCACUAUCAUCGCGGCUUCUUAGCGAGGUUUGUGAUCUGUGUGUUAGUAGGCUUGUAAGUUUAGUCUUGUUGAUAUGAAUCUUUCAGUGAUUUUGACCACCGCAUUCUUUUCUCAGUAGAUCUUCUGAAACAGCUCCCCUCCUCCACCACUUCUUGCUUGUUUAAUUUAUUUGGUUUAUCAUUCUUUUAAUACCUAUGAUUUAUGUAUUAAUAACAAUACUUCAAUUAAUUGCAGACCUUCUUAUUUGGUUCUUC